CACCUUGUUCACACUCCAGAGCUUGCUUCAUCCCCAUGAGCAGCACCUGAUCUCCAGUGAUGGGAGACUGAGGCCUGGCAGAGAGGACCUGCUGCCUUUGUGUGACUGGCCCCAGCAUGGGGGAGGCAUUGGCCCCAGGCCUUUCAGGCCUGGCAGCCACAGCCUGGCUGGGUGGAGGUUAUUGCCUUCUGCACCGCUCUGGCUUCCUCCCUGUGCCUGUGAAGAGCUCCUGGAGUCUGCGUGCGUCCCGGGGCCUGCUUCCUAAUCUGUAAACACAGGGCGUGUGUCCCAGUGGCUGUGAGCUAGCGAGGGGGCGGAGAGCGAGCCGGCUGCGCAGGUCCUGCGGCCCCAGGCCUCAUUGUUGGCCAACAGGCAGCUGGGGGCGGGCCGCGGCCGCUGAUUAAAGGCCGCCUGGAGCAGCCUAUGUGGCGACAGGUGCCCAGAAGCCCAGGAAGCCGGUCAGUGCCCGCCCCAGUCCUCAGAGUUUGUGCCUCUCGCUCUGGCAGUUUGAGGCCUGGCUAUCCCCGUGGGAACAUCACCAUGUCAGAGACACCCCGGGCUGAGACCUUUGUCUUCCUGGACCUGGAAGCUACUGGGCUCCCCAGCAUGGAUCCUGAGAUUGCUGAACUGUCCCUCUUUGCUGUCCACCGCUCCUCCCUGGAGAACCUGGAGCGCGACGAAUCUGGUGCCCCAGUACUGCCCCGGGUCCUGGACAAGCUCACGCUGUGCAUGUGCCCAGAGCGCCCCUUCACCGCCAAGGCCAGCGAGAUCACUGGCCUGAGCAGCGAGGGCCUGGCGCGGUGCCGGAAGGCUGGCUUUGAUGGUGCCGUGGUGCGGAUGCUACAGGCGUUCCUGAGCCGCCAGGCAGGGCCCAUCUGCCUUGUGGCCCACAAUGGCUUUGAUUAUGAUUUCCCCCUGCUGUGUGCCGAGCUGCGGCGCCUGGGUGCCCGCCUACCUCGGGACACUGUCUGCCUGGACACACUGCUGGCCCUGCGGGGCCUCGACCGCGCCCACAGCCACGGCACCCGGGCCCGAGGCCGCCAGGGUUACAGCCUUGGCAGCCUCUUCCACCGCUACUUCCAGGCAGAGCCAAGCGCGGCCCACUCAGCGGAGGGCGAUGUGCACACUCUGCUCCUGAUCUUCCUGCACCGCGCCGCAGAGCUGCUCGCCUGGGCGGAUGAGCAGGCCCGCGGGUGGGCCCACAUCGAGCCCAUGUACUUGCCGCCCGAUGACCCCAGCCUGGAGUCCUGA